UCAGUCGGCCAAAAUUGUUCAAUCAAAAUAAUUUGCAAUAUUCCAGUUAGCUUUAUCGACUGCGAAGGAUUUUCAUUAUCUUCCAGAGAAUUUUAAUUUAAUUAAAGAAAGCAAGUAUUAGUAAAUUAGACUGAAAAUAUUUAUCAAAAAUGUCUCUUCUUGAAACGGAAAAUGUUUACUUGUUCAUUCCAAAUCUCAUUGGAUAUGCAAGAAUAAUUUUGGCAGUCAUCUCAUUUUACUUUAUGCCAACAAACUAUGUCAUUUCCAGUUGGUGUUACAUUAUCAGUGUGCUGCUUGAUGCUCUUGAUGGACAUGCUGCAAGAAAAUACAACCAAUCAACGAAAUUUGGGGCUAUGUUGGAUCAAUUAACUGAUCGUUGUGGAACGAUGGGACUUCUUGUAACGCUAAGUUACUUCUAUCCAAAGUACAUGUUCUGGUUCCAACUAUCAAUGUCAGUUGAUGUAGCAUGUCAUUGGUUUUACCUCCAUACAACAAUUUUGCAAGGAAAAACUUCACACAAGUUCAUUGACAUGAACGAGAAUCCAAUUAUGCACAUUUACUAUACAAAUCGUAAAGUGUUGGGCUUCAUGUGUCUAUUCAAUGAGUUGUUUUAUGCGGCUUUAUAUUUAUUGUACUUCACACCAGGACCGACAUUCCUUGGAAUAUCACUUUUCAAAUUGAUUGCUUUAGUUUCCGCACCGGUUGCUAUUGUCAAGACAUUGAUAUCAAUUAUUCAUGGAAUUGUCGCUUCAGUGAACAUCACCACAAUUGACACGAAGGAAAGAGAAGCAGCAAAGAAGGUCAACGAUGGAAAGAAAGCUGAAUAAAUUAACUGUCAAACAAUUCCUUAAUUUCUGUUGUACAAAUG